CUUCAGCGACCGUCAGCUCCGGCGGCAUGUGGUUUUGUUUUUCUCGUGGUUUGCGUGAAAAUACAGAGUUUGCGUUGCGUGUAUUUCAACCGUCGUGCGACUGAACAUACUCUGCGAAGACUUGAAACGGCACAGACAUGGAGAGCUGCGAGUCAUUGGGAAUAGAGCCGAUUCUUAACGAAAAAGACCGACCCGCGCCUCGCUGUCCUCACGGGCCCACUUUGUUAUUUGAAAAAGUCUGUGAAGGAGGCUCUAAAGGCAGAAGGUUCUACGCCUGCUCAGCUUGCAGAGACAGAAAAGACUGCAACUUUUUCCAGUGGGAGGACGAGAAGGUGUCUGAGGCCAGGCAGCUCGCAAGAGAAGAGGAAAAUAAAGCGAAGUUGCCCGCUUUUACCCAUAAGCAGUACUGUGCCAGACUGAAGAAGUUUGUGGACUUGCCGCUGCAGGAGAAGAAGUUCUGUGCAGAGUGUCAGUUGCUGCUUUUGCCAGGGGAACAGGCGGCCCACUCGUCUCACAGACUCACCGAGGUGACCAGCGCCCAGCUCAGGAGGCCCAGUGUCCUGCUCCGGCCGCUGGAGAACAAGAAGAGCAACGCCCAGUACCUGUUCGCCGACCGCUCUGCGCACUUCCUGCUCCAAACACUGGUCCAGCUCGGCUUCAAGAAGGUUCUGUGUGUGGGCACCCCAAGACUCCAUGAGCUGAUUAAGUUAAGAAACCUGGAGAAGAAAGACACGCCCAUGCAGAGUCUGCUGCUGGACAUAGACUUCAGGUUUGCCCAGUUCUACAGCCAGGGGGAGUUCUGCCACUACAACAUGUUUAACCAUCACUUCUUUGGGGGAGAGGUUUCCAGGCUCAUUCUCCAGAGUUUCCUCUCCGAGUCAGAUGGAGAUAAGGUGGUGAUGGUGGCAGACCCUCCGUUCGGGGGCCUGGUAAAACCUCUGGCCCACAGCUUCUCUCUCAUCUCUCAGGCGUGGAAAACCCAACAGAGCAGCGACGGCGGCGUUACAGAGAUGCCCAUGAUCUGGAUCUUCCCUUACUUCUUUGAACCUCGCAUUGUGGAGUGUUUACCCUCUUUCAGAAUGCUCGAUUAUCAGGUGGACUAUGACAACCACCCCCUGUACAAACACGGGAAAACCGGCCGGAAGCAGUCUCCUGUCAGACUGUUCACCAACAUCUGUCCCAGAGAUCUAGUUCUGCCUAAAGAGGAGGGCUACAGGUUUUGCUCUGUGUGUGAGAGAUACGUCUGGUCCCUCAACAAACACUGUCCCAAAUGCAACGUGUGUCCAUCUAAGGAUGGACGUGAAUGGAAGCACUGCUCUGUCUGUGAGAAGUGCGUUAAGCCCUCCUGGAAGCAUUGUGGAGCAUGUGGCCGGUGCUGCCUCCCGGAUCACUCGUGUGGCUCCAGCGCCGGACAGGGCUGCUUCAACUGUGGAAGUCUCAAACACAAGCGCAAAGUCUGUCCCCACAAAGACACCCAACGGACCAGCAAAAACUGGACCAAAACCAAGACGGGGAACAAGAUUGGGCCUGUCCUUAAAGCUAAAGCCAAGAGGAAGUCAGGUGCAGCGAGAAGAGCGAAGAAGGCAGCAGCUCUGUCCUCAUGAGGUUCAUUUAGUCAUUAUCAUUAUAAAAUAAACGUAGCUGUUCUGUUACAAAUAAAAGCAUUUGAACUUUA